GUUCCGCCCGGGCCCGCGAGCUGUGGCCUCCCGGAUCCGGCGCCCGCCGCCGCUCAGCCGGGCCGCGACCCCGCAGCCACGCGCGGCCCUUGGCGCUAUGGACCCGGCGCUGGCCGCGCAGAUGGGCGAGGCGGUGGCGGAGAAGAUGCUCCAGUACCGGCGAGACAAGUCAGGAUGGAAAAUUUGCCGGGAAGCCAAUGGAGUCUCGGUUUCCUGGAGGCCAUCUAUGGAGUUUCCAGGGAACCUGUACCGGGGAGAAGGCAUCGUGAAUGGGACGCCAGAGAAGGUGUGGGGCUGCGUUAAGCCACUUGCUGGGACCCUGAGAGACCAGUGGGAUGAGAAUGUGAGCAGCUUUGAAAUUAUCGAAAGCAUCACGGAUACGCUGUGUAUCAGCAGAACCGCCACCCCCUCGGCCGCCAUGAAGCUCAUUUCCCCCAGAGAUUUCGUGGACUUGGUGUUGGUCAAGAAGUACGAGGAUGGGACUCUCAGCUCCAACGCUGUGAACGUGGAACAUCGGUCAUGCCCCCCGAGGCCGGGGUACGUGAGAGGGUUCAACCACCCUUGUGGUUGCUUCUGCGAACCUCUGCCCGGGGAGCCCGGCCGGACCCACCUGGUCACAUUCUUCCAGACUGACCUCAGCGGGUACCUCCCACGGAGUGUGGUGGACUCCUUCUUCCCCCGCAGCAUGGCUGGCUUCUACGCCAACCUGGAGAAAGCCGUGAAGAAAUUCUACAGCUGACGUGCUCGCCCGCUGGCCCAGAACUUGCGUCGCUCGUCACAGAGCUCCAGGUGCUGGGGUACCGCUUUUCCCUCUGUGGAAGCCGCUUGGGGACCGUUCGUCUCCCAAGACGCCGGCCAGAGAGGCCCCCCUGUCCCGCUCCUUCUCCUCCCACUCGGGGCCCCCUUGGGGGACCCGCCCCGGUGCCCUGUCUGCCGGCUGUCCGCACACCUCCUCCAGCCGGCACACCCAGCCCUCCAGCCGCCGCCGCCCACAGGGUGAUACUCCGCGGUCCAAAUUUCCGUGCCAGUCACUGUCUGAG